AUGCGCUGCUGCGUUCUUGCGUGCUGGCAGGUGCCAUCAAGAACCAGAAGUGGACUGGACUGGACUGGACUGGACUGGGCUGAAGCGGAGGUGUUGAAGCUGGCGUCGCUGCAGGAACAGCUGCAGGAACGGCGGGACAAGCUGCGCCCAACAGAGACGGUGGUGCGGCAAGGACCGGCGCACUUUGUGGUUGACACGGAACCGGACUUGAAGGUGGCACGGGUGCUGGACCUGAACGUCUUUGUCGGCAGUCAGGACGCUGCAGCGGACAUUGACACGCUGCAACGACACGGAAUCACACACAUCCUCAACACCCAAUUGAGCGACGUCCUGCCCCAAGCAUUCGCGUUUAUUCGCACUGCGGACCGCGUCCUCGUUCACUGCAACGCCGGUGUUUCGCGAUCCGUCUCGGUCGCUCUCGCCUACUGUAUCGUGGAGAAGGGUGUUGCCCUUUCGGCUGCGUUUGAAGACUUGAAGGCAAAGCGGCCAGCUGUCCGUCCAAACGCUGGGUUUUGGCAGCAGCUCACCGUCCUCGAGCAACAGCGGUUGCAGUCAGCACAAGAUCCAGGGCAGACACGCUAG